UUUAAUUUUCCUCCAUUCAUCAGUAAGAAAUUAAAAGAAUUAAUGAAAAUUCAAAAACCUAAAAAGAAAAUUAAAAACAAAAUUAAACAAACAAAAGAUGAACUUAAUGAUAAACUUGAACAUACAAAAGAUGAACUUUAUGAUAAACUUGAACAAACAAAAGAUGAACUUAAACAAGAACUUAAAGAAGUUAAAACAUUGUUAACUAAUCUCAUUAAUAAUUUAAAUAUUAAUAGUAAUAAUAUUUAGGAUAUUAAAUAUUUUAUAUAAGCUGAUUUUUUUUAUAUUC